UUUGAAUUUCCACAGAUAUCCGGUGAGCCUGAAUUGACGUAUGAAAAAGUACGAGAAGCAUCUGCACAACUGAAGAGAAACUCUGAAGCGUCGUUGCGGGAUUUCAUGCUACGCACACAUCCUUCCACAUCUGUUUUCAGUGCGUUCGAACAACGAAUGCGUGAAGAAGCUCGACAGAUUUUAGAAGAAACGAAAAGGCAACAAAAAGCUCGUCUUAUUGCAAGACAAACGCAAAUCGAAACUGAACGUCUGAACGAGGAACUGAAACAAGGACAGGAUGAUGAGAUGCCCGAAUUGUUCGAAUCUGCUGAAGCCGAUGAUCCAAAAUCGAAUUCUGAAUUGGAAAAUUCAACCAGUGGUCAUAUGAAUGAUAUUCUGGCUGAGAAUCUUUUCGUUCUCGGGGAAUCUGAGCACUCGUUGCUGCGAAGAAGAUUACCUGCAAUCUGUCAAAGUUAG